CCAGCUGCCUCCUGCACACCCCCCACUGGGGAUGUGCCCCACAACCAAGGAAUUGGCUUUUACCCUGGAAGAAAGACAACUAUUGAAUAUUCAUGGAUUAUUGCCACCUGGCUUCAUCAAUCAGGAUAUCCAAGUUCUUAGAAUAAUUAAAAAUUGUGAGCGUCUGAACUCUGACUUUGACAGGUAUCUUCUCUUAAUGGAUCUUCAAGAUAGAAAUGAAAAGCUCUUUUAUCGAGUGCUUAUGUCUGACAUUGAGAAGUUCAUGCCUAUUGUUUAUACUCCCACUGUGGGUCUGGCUUGCCAGCAAUAUAGUUUAGUUUUUCGGAAACCAGGAGGUCUUUUUAUUAGUAUCCAUGAUCGAGGGCAUAUUGCUUCAAUUCUUGAUGCAUGGCCAGAAGAUGUCAUCAAGGCUAUUGUGGUGACCGAUGGAGAGCGUAUUCUUGGCUUGGGAGACCUUGGUAGUAAUGGAAUGGGCAUCCCUGUGGGUAAAUUGGCUCUGUAUACAGCUUGUGGAGGGAUGAAUCCUCGUGCAUGUCUGCCCGUCACUCUGGACGUGGGAACAGAAAAUGAGGAGUUACUUAAAGAUCCGCUGUACAUUGGACUCCGGCAGAGAAGAGUGAGAGGUCCUGAAUAUGAUGCUUUUUUGGAUGAAUUCAUGGUGGCAGUUUCUUCCAAGUAUGGCAUGGAUUGCCUUAUUCAAUUUGAAGAUUUUGGCAAUGUAAAUGCAUUUCGUCUCCUGAACAAAUAUCGAAACCAGUAUUGCACAUUCAACGAUGAUAUUCAAGGAACAGCAUCUGUUGCAGUCGCAGGUAUCCUUGCAGCUCUUCGAAUAACCAAGAACAAACUGUCUGAUCAAACAAUACUAUUCCAAGGAGCUGGAGAGGCUGCCUUAGGGAUUGCAAACCUGAUUGUAAUGGCCAUGGAGAAAGAAGGUUUACCAAAGGAGAAAGCCAUAAAAAAGAUAUGGAUGGUUGACUCUAAAGGAUUGAUAGUUAAGGGGCGUGCUGCCUUAACAAAAGAAAAAGAGGAAUUUGCUCAUGAACAUGAAGAAAUGAAAAACCUAGCAGACAUUGUUCAAGAAAUAAAACCAACUGCUCUCAUAGGAGCUGCCGCAAUUAGUGGGGCAUUCUCAGAACAAAUCCUCAAAGACAUGGCUGCCUUCAAUGAACGGCCUAUUAUUUUUGCUUUGAGUAAUCCAACCAGCAAAGCAGAAUGUACUGCAGAGCAGUGUUAUAAAGCAACCCAGGGGCGUGCGAUUUUUGCCAGUGGCAGUCCUUUUGAUCCAGUCACUCUUCCAGAUGGUCGGACCCUGUAUCCUGGCCAAGGCAACAACUCCUAUGUGUUUCCUGGAGUUGCCCUUGGUGUUGUGGCGUGUGGAUUGAGGCAUAUCACAGACAAGGUUUUUCUCACUACUGCUGAGGUUAUAGCUCAGGAAGUGUCAGAUAAGCACUUGGCAGAGGGCCGCCUAUAUCCUCCUUUGAACACCAUUAGAGAUAUUUCUCUGAAAAUCGCAGUAAAGAUUGUGAAAGAUGCAUACCAAGAAAAGACAGCCACAAUUUAUCCUGAACCCCCAAACAAGGAAGCGUUUGUCUGCUCUCAGAUGUAUAGCACUGAUUAUGACCAGAUUCUACCUGAGGAGGCCCAGAAAAUACAGACCAAAUCUGACCAGUAACAUAAUAACUAACAUUUAUAAUUCCAUUAAUGAGAUCUGAAAUCUUUCAUAAUUUUUAAAGAUUAGAAUCUUUUAUAAUGAUUUAAAAUAUGCUAGAUUAAGAUAAUUUUACUUUAACAAUCUAAAAAUUUAUGGGAAAAUAUUAAUAUACUUUAGGGCACAUAUCAUACUAGACAAUUUUGCUUCAUUUACUUUCUGGUUAUUUAUGAUUUCUAUCUUAUUUUGCCCAAGUUCUCUUUAAAAGCUAUUGUACCUACUACUGAGAAACUCAUUGUUUUUAUAUAGGGAACUAAUGGGAAGACCAAAAUUAGUAAUAAAUUAAUAUGAUUAAAAUUAAAACCCAUCAUUCUUUGGUUGACCAUUUUGUUAAAAAUCCUUUUUUAUAUAUAGACAGAAAUAUAUUUAGGCAUAAAUGAACUUUUGCUAAAAACAGAAAUAACACGUUGUUGCCUAGAGAAAUAUAACUUCUCAGGUAUUUUUAUUCCAAUUCCAGACCAUACUUGUUCUUUUGGUGCAACUGAAUUCUAACAUUUCUAAGAAAGAUUAUUGCUGUUUACAAUGCAUUGGGCAGCCUUAGAUUUUAAUAUUCUUUCUCCAUUGUUACAUCUUCUUAUCAUCUUGGCCUCCAUCACCUAUCCUUUCUAAUAGCAUCUUUCUUUCCCCUGACUAAGUACCCUAUCCUUCAGCUCCACUUUACUGCUGCUGGGCCUUUGAGGAUUAUGGCUCCUGUCCUGAGGUAGGUACCUUCAGUUCAGCACAGGCUGAGCAGUGGGAAGAGCAGAGGGGAGAGAAGGUCAGCUCCUUGAGAAAAGGCUGUCUGUGGCAUCAACCUCUUAAGACAAGGAUCUGCAGAGUCAGGAGCAAGAGCCCAGUUCCUAGACAAGCUGGGUUCCCACUUGAGUGACCUGCUCUAAUGUUCCUUUGAUUCGUUCAGAUAAUCAAGAGCUCCUUUUGUGGUUACAGUAAACACAAUUUCCUCUGAAUUUGGAGAAAAUUUUGUAACCACUUCCCCAAUAGCAGAAAUCUUUACAUUAGAUAUUAAAAUAUUCUAAUUACCGCCCUGACCGGUUUGGCUCAAUGGAUAGAGCGUCGGCCUGUGGACUGAAGGGUCCCAGGUUCGAUUCCAGUCAAGGGCAUGUACCUUGGUUGCGGGCACAUCCCCAGUAGGGGGUGUGCAGGAGGCAGCUGAUUGAUGUUACUCUCUCAUCAAUGUUUCUAACUCUCUAUCCCUCUCCCUUCCUCUCUGUAAAAAAUCAAUAAAAUAUAUUAAAAAAAUAAAAAUAAAAAAUAAAAUAAAAUAUUCUAAUUACCAUUAGUAGUUACAGCCAAGAAAUUCAUGUUCAUUUCAAGCUUUACUUUAGAAACUAAUCACUGAACUACUGGAGACAAUUUUAAAUUCAUAAGCUCAGGUACAAUAACAUUUGCUAUUUACUUGUAGAAUUUUUUGGAGAGUUUUCUGGUUUUUGAAGUAAUGCUUUUAAAGAAUAUAAAAUGAUGUUCAAGGUUAACUAUACUAUAAAUGAUUUUAUUGUAAGUGGAAGGUUACAAAUUGUUUUAAGUGGGAGAAGAGGUGGGGGUAUUUCUGAAGGUAAGAUUUAGUCAAGAAUUUCCUCAAUAUAGUUAUUUUGAUAAGAUCCAGAAUGCCUCUUUUUUGUCUGUUUCGAUGUUGUCUUAUAGCUCUAACUAAAUGUACUUACCUAUGCAAAAGAUUUAUUAAAGCAUAGAAAAAGUGAAUGAAUAAAAGUAUAAAAUAAUU